AUGGAAUUGAAAGCAAAUCGCGAGAAAUGCGGAGGAGGGCUGUCAUACCUUCUUCCGGACAAUGUCGUUUUUUUAAUAUUCUUAAAACUGUCCGUCAAGUCUUUGUUAAGGAUCCGGUGCGUGUCAAAGUCAUGGCGCUCUUGCAUCUCCGACCCCAACUUCAUCAAAACACACGUCAACGUCCAAAGCCACCGGCGACUACUAACUAUUUCCCCUCUGCAGCUUGGUUAUAGUCUCCAUUCCAUAAACCUAGAACCAACCAAGGCAACCACCAUUAAUGAUAUUGAAGAACUGAAGAUUACUGAUAUUUUGGAUAUCGAGCCUUGUGGUGAUGAGUGGUUGAAAAUAAUUGGUUCUUGUAAUGGGUUGGUAUGCAUACUGUAUGACAAGAGUUUCAGUUUCCGUCGCUUAUAUAUAGUUAAUCCAUCGACAAGAGUCUCCAAGAAAGUGCCAAAGUUCGAUUUCUGGUAUUGGAUGACUUCUGAAACAUAUGGAUUUGGCUAUGAUCACACCGUUGAUGAUUACAAACUGUUGAAAGCACACAAAGACAACGUACACAUAUAUUCACUCAAAACCAAUUCUUGGAAGAAGGCUCAGUCAUGUUUUCCUCGCGAUUACUACGAACCUAUUGGGACACUUCUUGGGACAACUCUGAACGGAGCCAUCCAUUGGCUUUGUAUUGACCUAGAGCAGCAGCAGCCGCCAUUAGUGAUCGUUGGUUUCAGUUUGGCGGACGAGAAAUUCUGGAAGAGUCCUGUGCCAAUCGGGUUUCCCAGGUCUCCAUUCGAAUUAGGGGUGUUUAGAGGAUGUCUUUGUGUGCUGAGUCGUAAUAAUGGUGACUUUUGGGUGAUGGAGGAAUAUGGCGAGACCCAAUCUUGGACUAAAGUUGUGAUUGAAACUCCAUCUUUUAAUACAGAGAAUUUGGUUUUGCCGAGGAGUGAUGAAUUAUUGAAGAAUGAUGAACUAUUGUUUGCCACAGAUUUCGGCAAGUUUGUUUUAUGGAACACAAGAGAGAGGACCAGUCGGGAUUUAAUACUUCCAGGAAUUCAAGAUGCAAAUAGAUACAAGUUUUUAAGAGUAGGAGGUUAUGUGGAGAGUCUAGUAUCACCCAUUAUGGGUGUUUGA